CGUGAAAGAGAAAAGGCGGAAACUCCAGAGACUCUGAAUAAUAAUAACAUAAAUAAAAAAAGCUUGUUUAUCCAGAGGAGGGACGGACUUCAAUUGACUUCUGCGCCCAAAACCUUCUUUUCACUUUCCAAACCUGCACUUUACUUCCUUCAGCAGCAGUGACUCAGUCUCCACCCUCCGCAACAACAACCCCGACCCGGGUCAACCGCUGUGACAGCCCCCGGGAUCUGUCAACUCGGCCACAGCAACAGCGGGCGUCCAUGAACAUGCGAGCCGGAGGAGUCGCUGGCUAAGCGGACACACGACGACGAGGCGCGGCGCGGAGCUCAUGGAGGAAGCCCCUGUGGCGCAGGAGUGAAACAAAAACGUGGAGCUAACGUCAAGGUUGGAAUAUCGAAGUGACACCAUGUUGGGGAACACGGGGACUUACGCUAACAAGAAGAGGAAGAAGCCUGUCCUCAAACAAAAGAAAGUCACUGAAGGCAAUGAGGUUAUCAAAUCAAACCCUUCAAAGCGACACCGGGAUCGGCUGAAUGGGGAACUGGACCGCCUCACAGACCUCUUGCCCUUAUCUGAGGAGGGUCGCUCUCGUCUGGACAAACUGUCGGUCCUCCGCCUUAGUGUGGGAUACCUGAAGGCCAAGAGCUACUUUAAAGCCAUCAUGAAGAACAGCAGCAGCAGCAGUCUACAGAUUCCUGGGCUGAACGGGCAGAACGGACAGAAAGGGAACAACAUGAACACCACAGGCUUCUCCGAGGGCGACCUGCUACUCCAGGCGUUGAAUGGGUUUGUGAUCGUAGUCACAUCGGAGGGUUUGGUGUUUUAUGCCUCUCCCACAAUCAAGGAAUACCUUGGCUUUCAUCAGUCAGAUGUGGUUCACCAGAGUGUCUUCGAUCUCAUCCACACUGACGACCGAGACAUGUUCAGACAGCAGCUGCACUUCGCCCUGAACCCACCACCAAUCAGCACGGCAGGAAAUGGCUUGCAGAGCUCUGGUAACACAGAGAGUUACAGUCCUGAGCACCUUCCUCCAGAGAACUCGUCCAUCCUGGAGCGGAGCUUUGUGUGUCGCUUCCGCUGCCUCCUGGACAACUCGUCCGGCUUUCUGGCGUUGAAGUUCCAGGGGAGACUGAAGUUCCUCCACGGUCAGAGUGUUGUGAAGGACAAUAGGACGUGCAACCACCCGCAGCUGGCUCUGUUCAGCAUUGCAAUGCCUGUUCAGUCCCCGUCCAUCGUGGAGAUCCGAGCUAAGAUGAUUCUGUUUCAAACCAAACACCAGCUGGACUUCACGCCCAUGGGCAUUGACAGCAGGGGGAAAAUAAUCCUGGGCUACUCAGAGACUGAACUGUGUAUGAAAGGCUCCGGCUACCAAUUCAUCCACGCAGCUGAUAUGAUGCACUGCGCUGACAGACACAUGCGCAUGAUUAAAACAGGAGAGAGCGGACUCACUGUCUUCAGGCUCCUCAGUAAGUCAAACAGCUGGGUGUGGGUGAAGUCCAAUGCAAAGCUGAUCUUCAAAGAAGGACGACCAGAAUUCAUCAUCUGCUAUCAGAAAGCUUUAGUCAACAAUGAGGGUGAGGACUAUUUGCGUGAAAGGAGCCUGCAGCUUCCCUUCAGCCUCACCAGAGGAGAGGCCAUCCUCUACAACACCGGCCCCACUGUGGACGUCACGGCCUCUCAGUUCAAUAAAAUGUUCAGCAACACGGACAUAAUCAAGGACAAGGCGCCCCGCUCUUUGCUGGAUUGCUUCUUGAGACAGGAUGAAACGGCGUACAUCCAGACAGUGGAGCCGCCCUUACCUGUGGACCAGGUUUUCAAGGAGAGCCGCGCUCUUGUCAACAUUCCCAGUGAUGUGUGGCAGGAAAACAGGGCCCUGGUCAAUACAGACCCUGUUGCUGUGAAAGCAGAGGCCAAGCAGUCUGUGAUGGCUUUGAUCAACAACUUUGAAAAAAUGGCUCAAAGUGGGGACUUCAGUGCAGCACUGCAGAAUCUGGAGGUGGGCAACGCUGAGCUGAUGGAGUUGGAAAACCCGCUCAAGAGAUUGGGUCAGGACGAGGAUCAGCCAAACAACAUCAGCUCUGAGCUGGACAGCAUCCUCACAAAUGACAUAUUUGACUACAUUGACAGGGUUCUGUUGCAGGAGAAGGGAGGCGAUGGUCCCAGCAGCCUCUGCAAUAAUCUGCAGGAGCCCUUCAGUGACGCUGCUCUGUUCUCAGCCACUCAGCUCUGUGAGGCACAGUUGUUUAAUACACAGAGUCCUCUUCAUACCUACUCUCCAAAUAAUGGACUCUACACUCACCAGCAGGAUCCAGGGCAGAUCUUAUCAGACCCUGCACAGAUCCUCAACAGCACCAACAAACUCUCACACCAAGGUCCCCUCAUUGCUGCGGCUGACACCAACCUACCGCCUCUUCAACAGCUGCAGCUCAAGGACAUUUUCAGCCCGUCGAUAGAGCUCCCAGAUCUUGUUGUUCCUGAUGCCCCAGCCUCAUUCCAGUCCUGCGGGCAGGUGCCCAUCAUGGGAGGGGAACAAAGGGUCCCUGCUCAGACACCGUUCCUGCCGAACAAUUUCUCGGCUCCUGCGAUGGCAGGGAAUGAACACAUGCUGCAGAGCUCAGUUAAACAACCAAAGAACAUAGCAACUGGUGUGAUGGACAUUUUGCCACAACUGAUUCCCUGCAAUGACUUAAGUUCCUCUACCACACAGAUCAUUCCCAUUCCCUUUGCUGCAGCAUGUCUGCAGGGAAGUUCCCCCUUUGAAAUGCACACAGUUCAGCAGUGGCCACAGGGUCAGCAGCAGAUGCUGCCUCAGUCUGGCAUCAUGCAGAACGGACAUCAGCUGAUGCAAGACUGUCAUGGCCAAACUUCUGAAAGCCAAACAGUUGCGCACAGUGGUCUAUGGCCCAGGCGAGUUACCGGACUGAACCACUCUCUACAAGGCGGGAUGGCAUGUGGACAGGCAGUUACUCACAGCAGCUGCAUGUUUGAGCAGCACAUUUCCUCCAGUCCAGCAGUGGGCGACAUGCUGGCGAUAUCUGGGUCUUCAGGCCUGAGGCAAACAGGAGUGACGCUGGAUCCAAGUCCUCUUCAAGGCUCCUGCUGCUUCCAGUGGAGCCGCAGUGAACCAGUGGUGGGAGCAUCGACCAUCAACCAUGUGAACGGCAACAUCCCGUCAGAGCACAUUCAGCACUACCAGGAAAACCACAGGCAGACACAGGAUGAAAAACUCUCGUCUGAACUCAAUGGGAUCUUUGCGGCUCCUCCCCAUGAUGUAGCCAUGUACUCGGCGUAGUCUUGGAAAACACGGUGCCUGUGUCAUUGCUUUUAAUGCUUACCCUCCUGUUUUGUAUCACUUUCUAUUAUAUUUACUGUGUCCACUCUCAUGUUUGUCAGUUUCUAUUGAAGAUACACUUAAAAAAAUAACGAUAAUGAAAUUAUUAAAAUGAAGUAUAAAGCCGAAAGUGCCUGUACCAGAAUGGAACUUUACCCAGUUAGUAAGCUGGGUCGGGGGAGGCCUAAAAAUGUUUUUACAAGGCAAACAAUGCUCGUGUCCACAGAUUUCCCAGAUUUAAAUUCAUGAAACAGUCAGAAUGUGAUUUUUUUAUAUAUACAUAUACACAGCUGUACCACCAUCAUCCUUAUCACUACAGAUGAAAUCAUCUGUAUAUUUGAAAUGAAAUGCUUAAAAUGGCCGAUGUAAGUAUAUAAAUACAAUAUUGUAAGCUAAUGUAUUUUAUAUAUGCUUCAAUAGAAGGGCUGAUUACUUGUGUUUAUCUGUGUUCAGUGUAAAUGUGCACGAAUCUCAACAUUCAAGACCACGAUUUAACGAGUAGAGGAAACAAAAUCACAAUUAACCAAAAUGACAUCUGUCAUAUUCGGUCUUCUUUCUGCUGCUGCUGCUGCUGUCAGGGAUGGAAACGUCUUUAUAUUCAUAUUCACCACACUACAAAAAGACAUGGCAGCUUAACCACGUAUAUCCCGCUGAAUUUUGGGAAAUCACUCAGUAUCUCACCUUCCAUUAAGAUUCUGUUUUGUGGUUUCAAACCUUAAUGUCUGAGGACACUUAAUGAAUUGUCUUUGAUGUCGGGCUUUGAUACGGACUCACCCCCUCGGAUUAAAAAACAAACCUGGAGCCAAAUGAUUUCUUCACAGCUGUAUUCAUAUUUUUAAAUAUGUGCCUAGGCAGUCGCCAUAAUGUCCUUUAUUUGUACAAUAACUUUUCAGUUUAUUUAGCCAAGUAGUAGAAUUAUCUAUAUCAUAAUACAAUAUGUGUAUUAAUUAUGUAACAGCCUUUUUACUGAUAAAUGUUUGUUAUGAUUGAAA